GCUCCUAUUAGAAGGACGAAAAGAAAAGAAAUUGGGGAUAAUACGCAACAGAGGAGAAAUCCCAAAUCGCCAUGGCAACCCGCGCGCCGCCGCAGGCGUCCUCGUCGUCGUCGACCGGAUCCGUCACCGUGACGGUCGGUCCCUCCCCUUCUUCAUCGUCCUCCGUCCCUCCGGCGGCUGCGCCGGCGCCGGCGCCGCCGUCGGAGGCGGUGGUGCUGCGGCUGAAGCGGCGGGCCAAGAAGAAGGUGACGUGGAAGGAGGGAACGGUGGACAACGAGUGCCUCGGCCGCAAGAGCUCCAAGAAGUGCUGCAUAUUCCACAAGGAGGUCCCCUUCGACGAGGACUGCAGCGACGACGAGGCCCCCAGCAGCGGCGGCGGAUGCUCGUCCUCCUCCCACGACCACAACCAUCACCGCCGCUGAUGUCCAUGCGGGGAUGUGCGCAAUUUAGGCUUCUUCAUCUAUAUAGGCAGCUUGGAUGGGCCUCUUCACCAAUACCUGAAGUUAUUGACUGUCCGGCCUGGGUGAAACCUGACUUCUUUAUGUCAAACUUGUAGGUGAAAGUUUCUGCUUUGCUUUGUAAUUCGAUUGCCGACGCUAAGCUUGCUUCACCAUGUAUUGGAAGUUGCCAGAGAGAACCAUGUGUUUGGCUGCAACUUCUAUGAAUUGCUGCUGUUUUGUGCUUCUAGUUAUCUGUUUUGAGAUGUAUAGAGUGCUCUUCCUGUUAUCA